AUGGCAUCAAUCAAUAAUACUCAAACUUUAUUUUCUUCAUCGAAUCAUUGUAUACAACAUGAAUUUAUUCAGCAAUUUAUUGGUAUGUUAUCUAUUAUUAUGGCUGGUGGUUCUUAUUGUUCAUUAUCACCUCGAGAUCAUGAACAUCGUCUUCAAUCUUUUAUCGAACAAACUCAAAAUCAAACCCUAAUGAAAAAUUUAAUUAAAAUGACAUUUCUAACACAUUCAUCAUUAGUAACAAAACUAUUAAAUGAAUUAUUUCAACAAAUAUCAUCAAAAAGUACAAUUAAAUUAAAUUAA